CAGAAUUUUGUAUGAAACUCGAAAUUCAAAAUCGACGCGACGAGUCGAGUUUGUUGACGGUUGUGUACCGGUAGCAAUUGGAAACGUUUUCAGUGAACCUGUAGGAGAAAGAAUUGCUCUGCUGUGAAUAGUGCGAUUUGGAAACCGCAACAUGGAAGCAGCUGUGCUUGCUCCCUCUUUGAAAAGCAUUGCCCCUCAGCAGGAGUACCUUUUGCAGGGUAGUAUACUGGAUGCCCACAGGGAUGUCCUGCUCCAUCGACUGAGGGGUCUGUGCGACAAUGCCGAGAACAGUCCAGAGUCUUUCAAUGAUUAUGAAGCUGUUUACAUGCUCAGAAACUCCAGCACCACACAGCAGAGUCAGUUUGUUUUGUUUCGUGUCCGCCAUGCUUUAGACAGACCAGAUGCCCCUGCCCACAUCCGCUACUUGGGUCAAGCUGAGGUCGGAGACAGAGGACGUCACACCCUGGUUCGGGCUUGUCUAGACGUUGCAUGUUCUCCCAAUGUUCGUGAUUUCCUCAUGGAAAUGGGCUUCCGGUUAGACCAUGAUUAUGUCGCCCAAGGUUUCUUUUUCCACAAAGGUCGUAUGAAAGUCACCGUCUACAAAAUCUUCAAGCUUCAGCAACCAGGAAAAACAGAUCAGUCGAACCUGGAACCUCUGGGCUCGUCUCACUUGGUGGAGCUGAGCGUGGUGGCGCCACUGGGCCAGGAGCAGAUAGGAGACGACAUGAAGAACUUUGCGGAGCAGCUCAAACCACUGGUUUCUCUGGAGAAAGUGGAUCAUCGUCGUAUCCAGUGACUGUGAAUGUGUUCUUAUCACUUCACCUGUGUGUGGCAUGUCCUGGAAGGUGUGUUACGUGGAGAUGUUCCUGUCUCCAUGUGGUCAUCAGUGCGAGUUUCCUUUGUCUUUGUACAAAUCGCGACUGGCAGCGAGAACUCGUAGCUUUACGUACAAGAUGGACAGAGUGUUUAUCCAACUGCAAUUUAUGGAUUACAUUUAGAUGAAUGUACUGACUUGUGGAUGCAACACAAGGAACAGAAGUGUUUAUAUAAGUUUUUAUCAUGACUUUUAUCAUCUCAUUGUAAAUAGAUUCAUGUUGUUAAUAUAAUA